AUGUCGAAAGCCAGCGAAGGACAGAUCCGCCCAUCCGGUUCUACAAAGAAACGAGCCGCUGACAUUGUGAGUGAAGUAGAUGGAGCACCGGAUCGGAAGAGAGCGAAAGUGUUUCCCAUCUUUGAGAAGCCGGGAACCCAGAAAGCCGAUGCGGAGUCAAUCUUCCACUGGAUUUCUCCUGCACUCGGGUCAAAGAAGACUUGUCUACAUGGUGUCAAUCUUUCACCAGAGAGCCGCCCCAAGAUUGCCGCCUUCGACUUGGACGGAUGCCUCAUCCAAUCAAGCGUCUACAAGAAGAGUACGGGGCCACCCCAAUUCCAAUGGUGGAGAUCGAGUAUCCCCAAGAAACUCAAGGAAGUACACGAAGCUGGCUAUGCAAUUGUGAUUAUGACAAACCAGGCUCUGCGCUCAGCCGCGCUUGCUGAUUGGAAGAAAAAGGUUCCUUUGAUUGGUGGUGAUGCAAGUGACGUCCCAUUCCGCAUCUUCGCCGCCACUGCCCGAGAUGAAUACCGCAAGCCAAUGCCGGGCAUGUGGUAUGAGCUGGAACGCAUAUAUGCGAGCGAUAGUGUUCAAAUAGAUAGAGCGAAUUCCUUUUUUGUUGGAGAUGCAGCGGGGCGCGCAUGCGAUCACGCCGGGACGGACAGGAAGUGGGCACUUAACGUUGGGAUUGCCUUCCACACACCAGAGGAAUACUUCCUGAACCUGCCGAAUGCACCAUAUACCCUAUCAGGGUUCCAUGUAUCUUCUCUCCCCUCUGACUUACCGCAUAUCACGCCUCCUGACGCGACUAUUGUGCCUCCAUCGCUGGAGACACCAGAGGUCGUUGUAUUCGUGGGCUUCCCUUCCUUAGGGAAGUCCACCUUCUAUAGAAAAUAUUUCGCAUCAGCCGGAUACGCCCAUGUCAAUCAAGACACCCUGCGGACACGAGAUAAAUGUGUUAAAGCGGCGGAAGAAGCAGUUCAUGAAGGAAAGAGUUGUGUCAUUGACAAUACGAAUAGGAAUGCGGAGACGAGAAGAUACUAUGUUGAAGUUGCCCGUAAAGCGAAGAUCCCUGUCAGGUGUAUAGUGUUUGAUAGCUCUAUCGAGCUCGCAUGGCAUAACAACCUCUAUCGUGCAUUCAAUUUGCCUCCCACAUCAAUUGUAAGAGAGCCGAAGAGAGAUUUAUUGCCGUAUAAUGCUUUCACGGGUUUCCGCGCACAAUAUGAAGAACCACAGUCCAGUGAAGGAUUCGCUGAGAUUGUUCACGUAAACUGGGUGUUUGAGGGAGAUGAGGAAGAAAAAAGGCGGUGGAGCAUGUGGCUGCAGAUUGAUGGAAAGUAA